CAAUCAUGAUAGUUUCCUUGUCUUUGUGCAAGCAAACAAUGUCUUUACUAGACAUACCUUCUGGGGUGCUCAAAUCCAAUUUCUUUAGGCCAACUAGAAAAGAGAAGGUUGUGAUCCUAAUGGGAGCGACUGGAACCGGCAAGUCCCGGCUUUCCGUCGACCUUGCUACCCGGCUCCCAGCCGAAAUAAUAAAUUCGGAUAAAAUACAAGUACAUGCCGGACUCGACAUAGCGACCAACAAGAUCCCUGAGGAGGAACGGUGUGGGAUUCCACACCAUAUGUUAGGUGUAAUAAGUCCCUACACAGAUUUCACGGCAACGGAUUUUGUUGACAUGGCUUCACAUGCCAUGGAUUCGAUUUUGUCCCGCAGCCAGGUUCCGAUCAUAGCCGGGGGCUCGAAUUCAUACAUCGAGGCCUUAGUAGACGAUGAGGACUUUCGGUUCCGAUCUAGGUACGAAUGUUGUUUCCUAUGUGUAGAUGUAGCAAUGCCGGUGCUCCAUCAGUACGUAUCGGAGCGAGUAGAUAAGAUGGUGGAAAUGGGGAUGAUCGAUGAGGUAAGGAGUUUCUUCGACGCCAAUGCCAACUACGCAGUGGGGAUUAGGAAAGCCAUUGGAGUCCCUGAAUUCGACCGCUACUUCAGAGCCGAACCAUAUUUGGACAAACAACAACGUGGUAAACUGCUGCAAGAAGCAAUACAAGAAAUCAAAAGGAAUACCUGCAAAUUAGCUUGUCGGCAAUUGGAGAAGAUUGACCGGUUGAGGAACAAGAAGAACUGGAAGAUACACAUGGUGGAUGCCACGGAGGUUUUCCGCAGGCGUGGUAAGGAUGCAGAUGAGGCGUGGGAAAAGCUUGUAGCAGGUCCUAGUACGGAGAUAGUGGCGGAAUUUCUAUAUAAUUUCAGCCCUCAGACCCUGGUCACUAAACCCAACCUUAGAGUACCUUCACUGCCUUGUGGUAUCAUGCUGUAAAAUCAUAUCUGACAGACAAUAACUAGUAAAUUGAUACAUUCCGAUGUUUUAAAGUAUUUGAGAUAUGCUACUUAAUGGAACUCACUUUUUGGGAAGAAAAAAGAGAUGCUCAAAUUUCAUGGCCCCUGCCAUUUAAUGAUAUGAAAGCAUUUUUUUUCUUCUCCUUUUUGGUGUCUUAUCAGUUGACAUGAUGCAACUGUUUUAACUGGUUUCCGGGAUUGUAAGUUGUAAUGCAAUUUUUGGGGGUAGGGACCCAUUUCAUUUGUUUGUUUUAUAUCCCUAUUUCCUUCUAAACACAUGUUAAUGACUUUUAAUUA